ACACAAGUCGCCGUCAUGGAACAAAAUGCGGCGAGGACACAGGCGGCUGAGAGCGUUGUAUUGCCUGCGUGUCAGCUGAGACUUCCAAUACAUCAACCACGCCUCUCUUUGGGGAUGCUUUCUCCUCCCCCGCCUUGAGAGGGAAGACGUGUCACCAUGAGCUGGUUUGAUGCAGCCGGCCUCACCUCCCUCGCCAAGUCUGCCCUGAAGGAAGCACAGCGCACCAUUGACAAGGCUCUCGACAUAGAGGAGAAUGAAGAAAACAUUCUGCCACCCACAACGCUCCCUGUGAUGCCCUCAGCACAACCUUCCAAAGGACUCCAGGAAAAGCUGAAGGAUGAAUCAGAGAGUUUCUUUGCCUCAUUUGGACUGGACAAGAAAAAAUCUCCUUUGACACCUGUUAACUCACCUGUCGACUCAUCAGAAGGGAAACCAGCAACGAAAGAUGGAGGGAAGGCACCAGCUCACAUAGUCGGCAGCCUUUGGGGUUCUUUCACCGGCUCCUUCUUUGAGAACUCCGAGGUACCCAAGGAGACUCUGCAACAUGAUGAUGGUGUUGCAGCCUCCUCAGACAGCCCUAGUAAGAAGUCCAUUGUGGCCACGCAGCCUCCUCGCAGCAGUGCCAGCCUCCCCUCCCUCCAGUUGGCCAACAGCCCAGUGUCCACCCAGCCACGCACUGCCACCCUGCAGGAGUGUGCCACCCAAGCCAAGGUAUCUCAGCAGCAGGAGAAGGCAGACAAGGGGCAAGGGACAGCAGAGAGCAGUGAGGACAGGAGCAGGGAUGUGGAGGGAGAGUGGGGCUGGGGGUGGGAGAGUGGCCUCAUGGUCUCUUCAGACCAUCAGCACCAUCUGGAAGGCACCUUUAACACAGCAGUAGGAGAAAUAGAAGAGCGCGAGGACAGCUUAGUGGAUGACACUAUAGACGAAGAGGGCUUUGCCAAGAGCAGACUGGUUGUGGGCAGUGUGGAGAGUGAUGCUGGAGGCUUUGUGCGGCAGGAGAGUCAGGGCUCUCUGUCUGGGAGGUCUGUUGACUUAGAUGUUCCAGUGGCAAUAUCUGAAGAUGUUUUCCAGGAAGAAGGACACAUACCAGCCACAUCAUGCUUUGAAAUAGAACCAGAUAACAGUGAUAGUGUUGUUAGUUAUGUUGAAGAAUACACUGAUGCACGAACUACUUCUACUACUACUAUUGCUACAACAGCUACAGUUUCAUGUGCCAACUCAGAAGUUAACACUCCAGAAAGCAUAGUAGUGCUUACGUCAGAAAGCAACUCGCCCGAUGAUGGGGAAGCUGCUGCAUGUGCGUCGUCAGCCACCGCAGCGGAGAAGAUGAAGCAUGCGGUCACUUGUGUUCCCUUGAAGCCCAGUCCAAUCAGUUCGCCAGACUCCAUUGAGGUCCUCGGCUCAUCCAGCUUGCUUACGUCUCCAUCAUCCAUUGAGGUGUUGACUGAUGUAUCUUCAAGCGACUCCUCACCUUCACAUCUGGACUCCUGCAACAACACUCUUGUUCAGGACCUCAGCCCUCCACCAGGAAUUGUCAACGUACAGCCUACCUUGCAUAAAAUAAUUGACAAUGAUGCACACAUUUUGGUGGAGACAUCAGCUGAACAAAACCAGUGUCAUCAAAAAGCUAAAGCAAUAGAGGGAGACAAGACUAACCAAAUAAAUAAAGAAGAAUCACUCCCCACUGACUCUGUACAUAAACUAGACUUACGUAGUGUCAGUUUACAAGACACUGGCAACACGAGUGACACUACUGCACCACCUACAACUUUGUCACUCAGUCUUUGUAAGGGACAGGAGAGUAGCAACUUAGCUUCUGCAUCUCUGACUGCUCUUGUUGACAGUGCACCUUCUAGACCUGCCCGACAAAUAGCCACAGUCCAUGAUGCAGAGACCAGUACAGCCUGCCAUGCUACCCAGACAGAUGGGCUGCCUACCACAGAGGAACACACAGUAGUGGAGGAAGGGGACAUCACCAUACCACCUGCUACAGCUCUGGAUGUGUCUGUGGAGAGUGGAGGCAGCUCAGACACUAUCACUGCUUCAAUAGACUCCACACAGAUGGUCUGGAGCGUUUCUCGGGGAGUGGAGCCAGAGUCCAUGGAGCGGCCGGCAGACAGCGACAUGCAUGAGAGCAGCACGAGUGGGUCUGGUGGGUCAGUGGUGCGGUGCCUGCUGGAGGAAGCCAUGGGGGACGAGGAGGCUGUCAGUGGAGCAUCUUCCUCUUCCCCUCCUGAGAGAGAACACUCACCCUCCUCUUCAGAAAGAUCUGAGGCUUUGAAAGUUGGCUCCGGACACACGUCUGGCCACAGUUCAGGUGAUGAAGUGGAAACGACCACCUCCUCCGAUAUUGAGGUCAUCUCCAGUCCCAGUCUGGAUGGCAGCACAGCAGUGUCACGGGGCACGUCGGCAGCCACCUCCCGCGUGUGGGCCACAGCACAACGGGGUCUGCGCUCCUUCCUCAAUGACCGCUCAGAGUCAUCUGCCUCAGACUCAUCCAGCAACCACAAGAAGACAAAUAGUGAGAGAGUGGAGACGGUUCCCUCAUCCAUGACCACCAGCUUUACCAGUAUUAGUGAGUCUGAAGGGGAGAUGUUUAAUUUGGGCCCAGCCAGCCUGAUCAUUGACCCGGCCUCCAUCACUCAAGUCCUGCAGGGCCAGUCCCAUUUUGUUAAAGGCCAUCGGCGCAAUCAGUCCAACUUUUCAGAAACUAGUGAGAGUUCCUCAGAGAACCAUUCCUCUGAGGUGGACAAGCUCAUAAAGAAAGUGGCCCAGCUGACCGAGGUGCUUGAGGCAAGGGAGACCAAGGUGCUGGAACUGAGUCAGGUGAAUGCAGCUCUUCAGGAUACUAAUCUGCGCCUCAAAGCUCAUGUGGAGGACUUGGAGGGUGGCAGUGGAAUGGAGGCAACAGAAUCUUUGCGAGAGGAGUUCACCCAGCGUCUUGUCACCAUGGAGAGAAAGUUCCAGCAGGCAUUGAGGGAGAAAGAGAACACUAAGAAACUGCUGGAGGAAGCACGUGCAGAGGCCGCAACAAGACUGAGUUCAGCAGAGGUGGCAAGGUACCAGGAGGAGAGAGACACUGUGAUACGGGAGCUGAGGGAGGAAGGAGAGAAGCUCAGUAAGCAACAGCUCAACUACUCCAACAUUAUCAAGAAACUGCGCAGCAAGGAAAAGGAGAAUGAAACCACCAUAAAGACACAGAAGGACAAGUUGGAGGAACAGUCACGCGAUCUGGAGCGACUAAGGAAACAACUAUCAGCCAAGGAGGACAUGGAACGACGCCAGAUUGAUGCCGUGUGUCAGCUGAACACCACCAACCAACGACUUGAGCAGGCCGUGAAGGACGUGGCAGCUGAGAAUGCUGAGCUGGAGGGCAAGAUGACAGUGUUGAAGAGUGCUUUAGAUACUGCCUACAGAGAAAUGGCAGAGCUGAAGAGAGAAGUGGCUGCUUGUGAUGCGCAGGCCCAGGAGCAGGUUCUGAGUGCAGAGGUGGGUGUGCAGCGGCGCCUGGAAGCCACACUGGCAGAGGCUCAGGAGCAGGCAAGACGAGAGCAAGUUGCCCUCAUGGCCCAAGUGGUGGAGCUCCAGGAGGCCCUCAGCCAGUGUGAAAGUCAAGCCAACAGAAAAGAACGCCAACUUCGUGCAGACAAUGCAGAACUCCAGCAGAGAGUGGCAGAAGCAGAGGCACGUGCAGAGGAGAUGUCUGGUGCAGUGAGUGCAGCAACGCGGCCUCUCCUACGCCAGAUGGAGAACUUGCAGGCAACACACUCCUCCCAGCAGGCAUCUUGGGAGUCACUUGAGACCUCCCUUACACAGCGCCUCAAUGAAACACUGACAGCUGCAGCUGCAAGCACCGAAAAGGAGAGAGCAAUGCGUGAACAGUACGCUGAGCUGGCAGCAAACACUGCUGCCUUGCAAACACAGGUAACUAAUUUGCGUGCUGAGAAUGCGAGACUGUCUUCAGAGUUAAACAUCACCACAACUAAGUUGGAGUCCUUGUCAGAAUCACGGGUCAAGGAGAACAUCCAGAUUGAGGCUUUAAAGACUUCAUUUGCUGAAGAGAUUGCAGAAGUGAAAAGAGAACGUGACAGUUUGGAGCAGCAGCUGGAGAUGGAGAAGACAGCAGUGGCAGCUGAAAAGAAAAAGGACCAUUGCACUUCAGGAACAAUUGAAAGACAGGGAGCGCAAGCUGGCACAAUUGACAGCCAGCGGCACUGUAGAGAGCCAUGCCAGCACCCCCAGAUCCUCUCCAACCCCUUCCCUUUCACGGCUCUCCAUCACAGGCUCCCUCUCAGAGUCCUUUACUGGAUAUCAGUGGGGGCAGGAGGAAGUUUUUGAGUCGGGUUGGUCUCGAGGAACAUCUCUCUAUGACUCUGUACGCUCAAAUUCCACAGCCGCUGUGGAUGCUCUCACCUCACAGCUAAGGCAAAGAGAAGGAGAGGUACAUUACUUACACAGCGAGAUCACGAGGUAUGAGACACAGAGGGAGUCACUGGCACAGGAGUUGGUGUCAAUAACUAGUCAAGUGGAGAGUCUUCAGUCACAGAUACAAGACUACCAGGCCUUGAAGGACCAGUAUGCUGACAUGGAGCAAAAGUAUAAUGCUCUGCUACAGAUGCACGGGGAGAAGGUAGAGGAGGUGGAAGAGUUGCGACUUGACCUGGCAGAUGUAAAGGAAAUGUACAAAGCUCAGAUUGAUCAGCUUCUUAAAAAAUGAAGCUGGAGGAGAGGACGACCACUUUCAUAAAUGUUACUACUACAGAAGCAACUGAAUAUGAUUAGGUUCUCAUGUUAGAUUUUUUUUUUUCUUUUUUUUUUUUUCUUGUUUUAUUUUUUCUAUGGCAGUAUAUUUUUGCACUUAUUGCUCAAUGACAUGAUGCAUGCAGGCAAUGCUGUUAGUUGUGCCACUGCAAAGUGUGUGUGGAGGGAAGCACUGUCCUCUUGGAGUGUGAUGUGAAACUUCCAUAAAGAGAAGAAAGAUUUGCUGUGAUCUUAAGUAAUGGAUGAAAAGUUAUAUAUGUAUAUAUGUACUGAAAUAUAGUUGUGCACAGUUGGAUUGUAUAUUUUCUUAGUCUAUAAAAUAAAUAUUUAUUAUUUCAGUGUAUAUUCCUGAUACAUCUUUUUUCUUUUGUUUUCAUAAAGACUUCUUGUUGAAAAUACUUAAAAUAUUUAUAACUUUUCUAUUUAUAUAUUUGUUCUGUAAUAUUUUGUGUGAUGCAAACUCUUUAUUACAGUCUGUGAUUGUUUCCUAAAUAACUUCACUAAGGUUGUUUAUAUAGUCACUGAAUUCCUUAUUUAGAUUCAGAAAGUUUAUAUAUUAUGUGCUUUAUAAAGAUUAUACAUACAUUUUUUAA